AUGGCGUCUUUUGGGGGCGUCUUCUGUGGAAUCCUUCAGUCCUGGUUCUGUGGAGACUUCCAGACAACGGAGCGGAACGAGGAGAAAGGAGAGGAAUCGGCUGGCGAGAAGGAGGAGGUCCGGAUGUUGGAGCAGGUCGGAGAGGGAGAGAGCGAUGUAGAGGAGGACGUGGAGCAUGGUCAGAUGGGCGAGGAGGGACACUCACUGUCUCUCGAGAUGGACGGAGAGAAGGACCUUAGGGGGGUGGAGGUGCAGGAGGGGGGGUUGGUAGGGGAGGCACAGGUGCAAGAGGUGGUGGUGGAGGAAAGACUAAAGGAGGAGGUGGGGGUAAAGGUGGAGCAGGAGGGCUUGGUAGGGGAGUCACAAGUGCAAGAGGAAAUGCAGGAGGAGAGACUAGAGGAGGAGGAAACAGGUGAGGUCAGGGUGUCAGAUGGAGCAGACAGCAGGAGCAGCUGUCCCUCAGGAUGGACGAGAUAUGGAUCUCGCUGUUAUCUUUUCGUCCGCUCUACAAGAACAUGGGCUGCGGCCGAGCGUUACUGUGUCCACUUUGGGGCCAACUUGGCCUCGGUGCACAGUUCUGGGGAGUAUCACUUCCUUCAGGAAGUGGUCAUAAGGGAGACUGGUGACUUCCCACCUGUUUGGCUUGGAGGUUUUGAUGCUGUUGAGAACCAGGUGUGGUUCUGGAGUGAUGGGUCCAGGUUUGAUUACCAGAACUGGGCCAGAACGGAGCCCAAUAAUUAUGGGGGCAACGAGGAAUGUAUGAUGAUGAACCAUGGAGGUGAAUACCGCUGGAAUGAUGCAGUAUGUGGAAAUCGUUUACCCUUCAUCUGCUCUUUAAAGCUCUUUUAA